UAGCCGAUAGCGAGAAUGCCUGUUAUUGCGAGCAAGCCUGACUUCAUUAUUCAGUCGGCGUCCUCCCUGAAUCAAGUGAAAGACCUCUGGUGGAGUCGCAUGCGAGAUUUAGGAUGGAAUCGCGAUGAACUGGAUGCGAAUACUCACUUCACAGUCGCCCGGCACGGCGAGGACUGGCUUUUACUGGUCCCAACAGGUUCAAUCGAGCCUUCAGGAAUGGUCAUUGGUUUCACGUAUCCAAACCAGACUGGAUGGGUCGGCUUCUUCAUCCUGAAUGAAGGGUAUCGGGGAAGAGGCUGGGGUGCGGCUUUAUUCAAAGCAAUGCUUGACACAUACCAAAAGAAUGGCAUCCAUACGGUCGGCUUAGACGCGGUACAGGAGCAGGUCAACACAUAUGCAAGGCGAGGAUUCGUUGAGGCGGCCAGAAUCAAGCUCAUGACGCGCGUCUCGGCACAUGAGGUUCCGAUCAGCUAUGCAGACAAACAGCCAAAGCAGGGUCAUAGAGUGACUGAUAUAAGGGAAGUUGAUGCGCGCGCCAUGGCGAGUCUGGAUCACGCGCACACGGGACUCUAUCGCCCAGCCCUGUGGACGGAAGAGGCCUUAUUCUCCCGCCCCGAUGCAUUUGGCUUUGCCAUACUCUCGGAAGCUUCAGACGAUCUUCAGGGACUCAUACUAAUUCGUCGGUGUGAGCAUGGGCAUCGAGUUGGUCCCUUGAUAGCGGAUUGCACGGAACAUGCUUCUCUGCUACUUCAACUGGCCAUGUCACAUCAGAGCAUAUUGACGUCAACUGGAAGCCUCAUUGCAGAAACGUUUGGGCCGAACGAGCACGCUGCACGGGUGUUCUCGGACUUGGGUUGGCAAUGGGCUGGUCUAGAUUACCAUAGAAUGUGGCUCCAAGGUCGAGUGCCUAUCGAGCAGCAGGAGGGUGGAAAGGGCCCGAGGGGUAUGUUUGCAGUCUUCGAUGCCGGUCAAGGUUAA